AUGUUAUCAAAUCUAAUAAAAUCUCGGCAAGUUAUUUGCAGGCUAUAUUCUGCCACCGUCACCAAUACAAAGGUCAACAAUCCCUAUUCAUUCGACAACUCCUACACAACAACCCUCGAAAAAGAAUGGCAACAGGCAUCUCCCUUCAAUUCAAUACCAGGACCAACAAAAUAUCAAUUAAUACGUGAUUUUAUGCCCGGUGGAGAUUUCCACAAGAAAUCUUUCGACUCCGUUCUCCGCCAAUGUCGUGAACGUUAUGGUGAUUUGUAUUUAAUGCCUGGCAUGCUUGGAAAACAACAAAAUUUAAUAACCUUCAAUUUAAAUGAUCAUGAAAAGAUAUUUCGCACCGAAGGACCAUUUCCUGUAAGGCCGGGUAAUGAAAUUAUAUUCGAUUAUCGUUUGCAGCGUACCGAGGCGGGUCUCUAUGAUGCUGAGAAUUUGGGAGUGGCAGGAAAUGGCGCCCAAUGGUCGAGAUUUCGUCAUGCCGUAAAUCCUGUUCUCAUGCAGCCAAGGAAUACUGUAUUGUACAUCGAGCCAACACAAAAAGUUAAUAAUGAUUUUAUUGAGAGAAUCCGUGAAAUCCGCAAUCCCACCACGUUAGAAGUUCCCGAAGAUUUCCUAAGGGAAAUAAAACGUCUAGCCUUCGAAUCGGUGGCCGUUAUUGCUUUGGAUAAAGAACUGGGAUUGGUACGAAAUCAGGUUACACUACCAGAAGCCCAAGAGCUGUUCGAUAACUUACAAACAUUCAACACCUCCCUCUAUGAAUUGGGUAUUAAACCAUCCAUACAUAGAUACAUAAAAACGCCCACCUAUAGGAAAUUUGAAAAAUCCAUGGAUACGAUUACGAAUAUUUGUUGUAAAUAUGUCGAAGAAACAUUGCAGAGGAUUGAGAGUCAUGGUGAAGAAGAGGGCAAAAGUGUGUUGGAAAAAUUAAUCAAAAUCGAUCGUAAAAUUGCCACAAUUAUGUCGGUGGAUAUGCUGAUGUUUGGGGUGGAUCCAACAUCGACAAUUAUGUCGGCUGCUUUGCUAUGUCUUGCCACAAAUCCCGAGAAACAGAAGAAACUGAGAGCAGAGAUUUUAAACGCAAUUGGACGAAACGGAAAAUUCUCUAUGGAAAAUAUGAAAAACUUACCGUAUUUGAGAGCCUGUAUUAAAGAAGCUAUGCGCCUGUAUCCUUUGAUUUUUGGUAAUAUGCGAACCACCGCAAUGGAUUUGUGUUUAAGUGGUUAUCAAGUACCGAAGGGAACUCAUGUUUUUCUAACCUCAAAUAUGUUGUUGAAGGAUGUAUGUUAUUUUUCCCAACCCGAUGAAUUUAUACCCGAGAGAUGGUUACGUUCCCAAGAAUCGGAUAAACUUAAGGCCACCAAUCCAUUUAUAUUUUUACCUUUCGGAUUUGGUCCACGUUCUUGUGUGGGAAAGCGUAUUGUCGAUUUGCAGCUGGAAAUAACAUUGGCGAAUAUUGUUCGCAAUUUUAACAUGGAAUUUCAAUAUUCGACGGAGAAUGCUUUUCAGAAUUUUUUUAUGAAUGCCUGUGUAAUACCGUUGAAAUUUAAAUUUACCGAUUUGCCUUGA